AUGAAGCUACCUGCGCUCGUUCUCGUGCUGGCCGCCUGCGCGUCAGCGUCCCGCGCGCCCGCCAAAAGCAGGAGGCCGGCGGCAGGAGGCCGCGUCCUCCGCAGCCGCGAUGAGGCCCUCCUGGCGCAGUCCGAGGCCUCGCGCACGGAGCUCGAGGCGCGGGCACGGCUGGCCGCGGCGAGGGCGAACCGCCAGCGCGGCACAGAUUUCCGCGACCCUUGCUCGGGCCUCGCGAUGACCCAGGAGGAUUGGGAGCCGUUCAUCAACGAGCGGAGCCCAGACCCCUUCCCGAAGCCCUACAACGUGCAGCCCAUGCACUACGCCACCGGCUACUUCCACAUCGGGUGCAUAGUGGAUUCCCAGCGGGACCAGACCCGAUGGUACCAUGACAACGUGCCGAAGUUGGACCGCCUCGGCAUGACCCCCGCGGAGUGUUUCGGCUUCUGCCGCAACGUAUCCGGCGCCCUCUUCUUCGGCCUAAAGGGUGGCGACAAGUGCUAUUGUACCCCCUUCUCACACAACACCGACAAGGGUGGGCGUGGCAUGUGCGACGUGCCGUGCACAGGCGACAGUUCGAUGACAUGCGGUGGCAAGGAGAUGAUUGACAUGUACGAGAUGCACGAUUGCAACAACCUUCCCGAACUAAAGUGCACGCGGCAGCCGCCGCCAGUGAAGCACGCGCAAAUGUUCAAGAGCAUCUACUACCGGCCGGCAUCGAUCUGCGCCAACGCUAUGUCCGAGGCGGUCACUGACAGGAAGCCACACUGUGACGUCCAGUGCGAGUCGGGCUACGAGCUGCUCAAAAACACGAUCCAGUGCGUCGAGAAAGGCAAUCGCCUGACCUACUCCUGGGCGGAGUUCGAGGGCUCGGCCGCCUGCACGCCCGUGGUGUGCGGCGUGCCCCCGGAAGGCGUGCUCUCGAGCCGCUCGCCGAUGCCGCGCCACUACCCCCAGAAGACCCUCUACGGCUGCUUCUUCGGCCACUCCACGAUGCCGCACCUGCCCAACGCGUCCGGCCCCAAGAACUUCACCAUCAAGUGCCAGGCGAACGCGACGUUCUCGCCGAUCCGGGAGUGCAGCCGGGUGCACUGCGGCGCGUGCCCGAGCCGCCCGCACGCGGAAGCCCGCGAGGCGGGCCUGCGGGUCUACGAGGACAGCUGCACCUACGACUGCCACUCGGGCUACACCAUCGACCAGAAUGCAGCUGGGCUUACCGUCUGGAGGGGCAAGUGCCACGCCAACGGCCAGUUCACGACGAUGCACCAGUGCAAGCCGGUGAAGUGCCCAGGCCAGCGCCAGGUCGAGCACGCGGAGAUAGUCUACGACGACACGGGGGCCCAGCAGAACAUCGUUUUCCCCAUGAUGGUGCACUACAGGUGUCAGGAGGGCUACACUCGGAACGGCGUGGUGGGCGCCGAGAACGCCUUCACGCGCGAGUGCCAAGCCGACGGGAUAUUGUCCCUGCCCGACCCGGAAUGCAUUCGAGACGGGACGACGUGCGCGCAGUGUUUGCCUGUGAGCUGCGGGGAUCCGGCGGAGGUGGCCAAUGCUUCGUACAGUCCUCAGGCACGCGUUUACAAGGAGAGGCUCAUCUACUCCUGCAACCGGGGCUACUCUCUCGACGGUCAGGCCGGGGGCCCCUCGGUGACGGUCCUUACGUGCCAGAGCGACGGCACCUACGACGCGCCGCCGCCCGUGUGCGUGCCCGUGGAGUGCGGCGCCUCGCCGGCCCAUCCGAACGCGGAGGUGCAAGGCAGCCCCGGUGCGAUGAUCCACUUCGAGUCGCAGCCCCUCCUCUUCAAGUGCCUCCCUGGCUUCUCCACAGAGGUCGGCGACGACCCCUACAGGGUGCAGAAGGACUCCUACUCUAUUUCAUGCACUUCAAGCGGGCAGUUCUCGGCCUACACGCCGUGCGUCAACAUCAAUAACUGCCUCUUCCACAGCUGCGGGCGCAACGGUGAUUGUGAAGACUUGCCAGCGCCCACGGGGACCCCGCUGGACGACUACAGGUGCAAGUGCUGGCCAGGCUACGAAACGACGCUCUCGACAGCUGGAAAUUUUACAGAGAAGAUCUGCACCAACAUUGACGACUGCCCGCGCCCAGAACCUCCCGAUGAGCAGCCAUGUGGUGGGUUGACCGAAGAAGGCGAGAGCCGCGGCGAGUGCGUGGAUCAUAUCCUGGGCUACACAUGCACUUGCUACAAUGGGUACGAGCUGCAUAACGCCACCCCCACCAAUGAAACCUGCAUGCCGGUGGUUUGCGGGCCUGUGCCGAAACCCAAUUUUACCACGCAUGAUUUCGCACUUGCCGAGGCCGAUUACGACUCCCCGGCGUGGAAUUACACGUGCGACGAAGGGUAUUCUCUGAGCGGCGCCUAUGGAGGCCCGCUGGUGUUCUCAAUGGGCUGCAACAGUGGCGGCAAAUUCGACCCCCAGCCAGGGGUUUGCCUGCCAGUCACCUGCGGCGCGGCCCCCGUGCUCGAUUUCUGCGACUCCACAGAGCAGGCGCUGGAGAUGGUUUUCCCCGAAACGGCGUCAUACAGGUGCAACGAGGGGUACUCACUAACUGCCAAGUACAGCAGGGCAGACGCCGACAUCAGCUUUUGGAUUGAGUGCCUCUCCGACGGCAACUUCUCCAUUCGCGGCAGCCGAUACGGCGCCUCCCGCCCGGCUCUUUGCCUGCCUGUGGAGUGCGGGAUUCCCACCCUCGUUGCUAACGCUUACCAUGCAGACGACACCGAGAUGUUUGUCUACCCUCAGACAGCACGCCAGAUCUGUGCCGAGGGCCACUCGCUAGACAACAGCACUGCUCUUGCGAUGCAGCAGUUCGAGGUCCAGUGUCUGAGCGACGGGACCUUCUCCGACCCUCCAGAGCCAGGCCAGUGUGUCCCCGUCGCGUGCCCCGCCCUGGUGCCCAAGCCGAACAUGACCUGCGACACUACUGCCAAGGUCUACCAGCAGGAAGCCGAGUGCACCGCGGACGCCGGCUUCACCCUGGACGGCACGGCAAGUGGCCGGACAAGUUUCAAGUGCCUCUGCCAGGCGAAUGCCACCUUUACUCCUGUUCAGCCAGUACUCCCCGUGUCUUGCGGCCCGGCUCCCAACUACACGGACAAGUUCGCUUCGGGCCCCCAGAUCUCGUUUGUGUAUUCUCAAGUUGCCUCGUACUCGUGCUUCACUGGGUACAGUCUGGACGGCACCGCGGGCGGGCUCAAGACGUUCCAGAUCGGAUGCCAGGCAAACGGCGCUUUCGACGAGCACGCCGGUUGCCAACCUAUCAACUGCGGUGCCUGGGAGCUGCUGCCGCACACCCACCAGAUCCCGGACUGGAGUGGAGAAGAGCAUUCUUCACUAGUGUACGGGCAGGUCGCCGCACUGCAGUGCUCCCCUGGCUGGUCGACAGAUGGUGCGCUGGCCAGCACGAACACAAAUGGUACCAUCGCUUGCCAGGCAGACGGCACCCUGCUCUACCCGAAGAUAUGCCAUUCGAACAACAACGAUUGCGGCGGAUCCGACAACCAGUGCCUGCCGAGCGGCACUUGCCACGACCACCGCCAGCCAACGGGCAUUCACUUCGACGACUUCUCGUGCCUCUGCUCGAGCGGCUUCGCAGAGAACACGAGCGCCCAGAGAAAGACGUGCUACAACAUCCCAGACUGCCCAGCGGCCGCAUGCCAGCCAGGGUUUUGCACCGACCUCGUGAACGACUACAGCUGCACCUGCCCGAGGGGCUACUACGAGGGCCCCAACACGGAGGAGGACCUGAGGCACGACUGCCUCCCGGUGUCCUGCGGCGUGCCGAGGCGCAUCGCGUACUCGUCCGUGAGCAGCGGUGCCGAACAGUUCUUCGGCGGCCCCGACCUGCUCUACACCUGCGAGCCUGGCUACACGACGGACGGUCGCGCAGAUGGGCCGACGACGUUCGGCAGCAUCUGCCUGUCCAACGGCACCGGGCCAGAGCGAGGCACGCAGUCCUGGACGCCCUCGUGCCUGCCGGUGGAGUGUGGCACCGCUCCAGUGGUGGGAAACAGCACGCACGGUUUCGCGGCCGACCACGUGUUCAAGUAUCCCGAGGAGCUCAAGUACACCUGCGACACGUACUACCAGCUGGCCAGCGCGAGCGCGACAGCGUCCCCGGCACCGCCCCAGGUUACGACGUGGAUCCUCAGUGGAGGUGGUGAGAGUUGCGACGAAGCCUGCAGUGCGUCGGGCAGUUCAUGCGACGCUUCAGCUGACUGGCCUACGACCGAAGCGGCCGUUUCAAUUGUUGGUUCUCUCUUGGGACAUUCGUGCGAUCAGUCUACGAACUAUGGUGGCGAUUGGGAGUUCGCACCUUACACCUACACGCCCGAUGGGCGCUGCAAUUAUCCAACAAGUGCGACAUAUCCGACAUGCAGUGCAGCGGGCGCAGACGCAAACAUCCGCCGCUUCUGCCCAUGUACACCAACCGUGCAGGCCGGCGCCCUGCCCCAGUUCGGCGAUGCCGUCACCUACACGUGCGGCGAGGGCUACCGCGCCGUCCUCGGGGCCCGCGAGGAGCCCGCCAUCGGCGGCGCCCGGUCGUUCACCCUGUCGUGCGACGGGCUUGGGAGCAUCGGGCCCAGCGACUGGCGGUGCGCGGCGAUCUCGUGCCCGAUCCCCGCGGUGGAGGGCGGCCAGGUGGAGAUCCCAGACCCCAGCUACACAGGCAGCCUGUUGUUCGGCAGCUCGCUUCCGAUGCACUGUGACGCCGGCUACUCCCUGGACGGGCACCCCAGCGGCCUUACGUCGUUCACGGAAACGUGCCAAGACGACGGGACUUUCAGCGCCGAUAUCGAGUGCAUUGCCAUUGAUUGGUGUGAGACCGACCAGUGCGGCCAAUUCGGCGAGUGCGUGAACGGCCAGCUCUCCUACACCUGCAGCUGUCACGAGGGCUACGAGUCGGUCCCUGUCGCGGACGGCUCGCACUCCACCUGCGCGGAGAUCGACGAGUGCGACACCAUGGCCGGCCAUACGGCGUGCGAUGCGGGCCAAAAUCUUGGGAGCUGCGUUGACGGGCACUUGGGCUACUCGUGCAUGUGUGGACGAGGCGCCAAGAACAUCUCGGGUGCCGACGGCAGGCCGGGGUGCGCGGCGAUGUCCUGCGAGACCGUGCCGGCCAGGAUGUUCCAGUCGUGUGCCAUGCAGGGCAUCAAGAUCUCGUACGCGCAGUCCACGCAGUACGCGUGCGACCCUGGCUACUCGCUGGACGCCCAGCCCUUGGGACCGAGCUCGUACACCGUCUCGUGCAAUCUCACCGCCGACGAGGACGGGGCCAAUGUGGAGCUCCGCGGCUUCCAAGACUGCCUGCCCGUGUUUUGCGGCAGCCUGCCCGAGGUCGAGCACGCCAACAGCAGCCUCGCGAACCUGUCCUACGGGCAGAGCGCGACCUACACUUGUGAGCAGGGCUUCUCCACAGGCGGCGACGCAGACUCACCCAAGGAGUUCACCGUCAGCUGCACCGCGUGUGGCUCGCUCUCGUCCCUGGGCGAGUGCAAGAUCAUCAGCUGCGGGCACCUGCCUUCCGUUUCGUUCUCCACGGCUACGGAGGCAGAGCUGUUCUACAAGGAAGACGUCGGCAAGUACGAGUGCGACGAGGGGCACACCAUCUCCGGGCAGCCUCCGCACGUGAGCCCCUCCUACUUCGAGGCCGCGUGCCAGGCGGACGGCACCUUCUACGGCAUCAAGAACUGCCAGCCGGUCACCUGCGGCGUGCCCACGCCCGCCAACCACUCCCUGAACACGCCGACCGCGGAGGUGCUCUACGGCGAGGAGCCUGGGGAUGCCAGCGUGCUCGUUUACAAAACACAGGAACAGACGAUUGACCAGUUGCAGCUCCAGGUCCAGAACCCCCCGCCGGCGAUGACAGUGGACUCCCCCGAGCUCUCUUCUAAGUGUAACGACAUCGAGCGCCAAUUGAAGGCAACUGGUCUCACCACGAUCCUCUUCACCCUGCUGCCCCCUUCUCGCUCCGCGUUCGCCGCGAUCUCGACUUCUCGGCUCGGCAAUUUGUUCCUGUCGCUCGGGCGCUAUUGUGCCCGCCUGAGUGAACCCCUCACCCCGAAAGGUUCCACGGUUGGGAGCAGAGGCUUCAGCGGGACUGCCAACGUCCUCCGCCAGGCUCACGACCCUGUUCCGGCUGUGGAACUUGUGGUCAACGACAACCAGUCGAUUUCGGUCACUUGCGACCGCGACGUGUUCGUAGAAUUUGGCAUCCAAGCCCACUGCGCGCGGCCCCUCAGCCUUGGGAACACGGAUGUGAAGAUCCUCGCGGUUGCUUGCAUUGCGCCAGUAGUUGGCAAUACCUCGCACCUCGUUGGUGCUGACCAGAUAUGCGCACCGUGGAGGGACAUGGUUGAGAACGUGGUUAGGGCGGAGGCGUGGGGAGUCACCAGAUACAUGAGGGAUGACAAGCAUUCUGCCAUUUUGUUGACCGGCUUUGCUUCGGCGAUCCCGAGCCUGGCGCAGAGUUGGCUCUGUUAUGCGCUUCGUGUAAUUGGGAUUCCUGCCCGCAUCAUCCAGUUCAUAGCCAUGAUGCAUGCCGCUAGCAUUGCGACCAUGACUGUUGGGGGCCAACGGUGUCAGUCCAUUUCCAUCCCGGCUGGUGUCAAACAAGGCUGUCCCGCCUCAAUGUUCCUCUUCGCGCUUGCCGCAAGCCCUCUCCUGUCCUGGAUUCGGCAACGGUGCGUGGCGAACGUCGACUUGCAGCGUGCGUACGCAGACGACUUCUGUUUCGGCGCUCUGAAAGUCUUAACCGAUCUAGGUGUGCUCCUCGCUGCGCUCAUGGCCCUUGCUCCGAUUGCGAACGUACGUCUUAACUUCAAGAAGUGCCAGAUUAUCAUUUGUUGCGGCACGGACGCAGGUAGGCUGGCGACCGUUUUGGAGACGUUUGGUGCACCAUUAAGCCUGCUCCAGGUGGCCCAGUGGGUCGUUUAUCUGGGGUUCCCGAUUGGGCCGAAUGCCCCCCCCGAGGUCUGGCCCGCCGUCCUGCGCAGUUUCGUGUCGAGGGUACACCAGACUCGCCAUCUCGGUCUAGGUAUCGCUCAGUCUGCUUGUGCGUUCAGUGUCAUGCGUGCGUCGAAGCUGCUCUUCCGCUCGCAGUUGCACCCGCGUAGCGCCAUUACGUAUAACAUCGCCGCGAGGCUGCAAGCGAUUGGUUUCCGCACUGAGUUCGUCGAGCUUGACGCUGUUGCGCGUGCCGCCGCGAUUCGCUACCAUCUCAAAUCGGACUGCCUCUAUGGUGUCUUGGAUGACUCGAUCGGGCUCGGGAGGCGUCACCCCAAGCUCACCGCUGCUUGGAGCGAUGCUGGCCCCUUUCUCACCCACCGCCUGGCGAGGCAGGAGUUCGAGGUCACGUGCGAGAGCGGCUACACCGUGGACGCCGACCACAUGGGCUCCAACCACUUCAUCGUGGGAUGCAAUGCGGAGGGCGAUUUCACGAACGAGCUGAAGUGUCUGCCCGUUAGCUGCGGCGUGCCCCAGGAGACUGACACCGAGAUCAGUUCAGACCCUGAAAAGUUUUACGGGGAGCUCGCGCACUGGGAGUGCAAGGACGGCUACUCCACCAGCGGCCUGCCGUUCGGCCUCCGCGGCGCACCUCCGCUGACCACCUUGUCGAGGCAGUGCGGGCCCAGCGGGCUCUUCGGCAUCGCCUCGCCCGGCGAGUGCGUGGACAUCGACUAUUGCAGCACCAACCCGUGCACCCACAAUGGGGUGUGCACAGACCUGGGCGAGGGGCUGCACUCGCCGGGCUACGAGUGCGAGUGCGGCGAGGGAUACGAGGCCGCCACCGACGCCGCUGGGGGGCCGACCUGCACGGAGGACGACUGCGCGGGCGACCCUUGCGGCGCCGGGACGUGCACCGACCUCUCCAAACAGGGGGGCGACGACGGGACCUACUCCUGCACGUGCGACUUCGGUUACGAGCUGACCGAGCCCGUGGUGGGCCGGCCGACGUGCACGCACCUGGUCUGCGGCACGCUGGCCGUGGACAGCCCGUCGAACGUGAUGAUGGACCUCAUCAAGGGGAUUCCGCAGGUCUCAGUCUCAACCUGGCUGUCAGACGCCACAGAGUUGGACAUGUACACGCAGACGCCCAUCCUGAAGGCGUUUGACGUGGCCACUUACACUUGCCAGCACGGCUACUCCGCUGACGGCUCAAAUAAUCCGGAUGCAGCUACCAUAUCGAUCACGUGCAACGAGCUGGGCAUCUGGAGUCGCAGCAUGGACCAUACUUUCAAGUGCGUGCGGAAGAUGUGCGACAACCUUGCGACGGGUAGUCUCGCACAUUCCGAGCUUAUCAACGAGAAGGUCCCUUGGUUGUACGGGGAUGUGGCAGAGUUCCGGUGCGACACUGGGCACACGAUUACUGGAGAGGUGGGCGCAGCCGCCACUUUCCAAAUCGAGUGCGGUGCCGAUGGCUUUUCGAGCUCUCGCGUCCAGGGCUGCCAGCCGGUGGGUUGCUUAGUACCAACACACCCGUUGGCCAGCCCGACGCACACUGGAACCAUUCUCUACGGCCAGGCGAUCACCUACACGUGCGAUUCUGGCGCGGGUGUCCAAGGAUCGUCGAGCCUCACGUCGUAUUCUGGGCAGUGCGAGGCCGACGGCACAAUCUGGGCCGGGACCGAUCGGUGCCAGCUCGUCAGCUGCGGUGUGGCCACCGUCCCGAACAACGCCGCGCUGAAGGUGGUGUCGGCCACCUAUGCCGAGAAGGGGAGCGGCGAGUGCGACACGGAGAUGGUGCUCUACUCGGGCAGGGCGGCGGACCAGGUGGAGUGCGAGGUGCGGUGCUCUCAGAGCGCCCUCUGCGCCUUCUACACGUACUCCUCCACGUGGCCCAACUGCAUACUGGCCUCCGAGUGCGACUCGCUCGCGGGGUCGACUGGCCAGACGUGGACGAAGCAGCCGCAGGAGUUCUACACGCUGGAUGCGGGCUCCUGUUGCUGCCCUGCCGACGAGCGCAUCGGUACGGAGGAGGAGUGCGCAGAGGCCGUGGCCGCCAUAGGCUUCUCGGGCCUGGGCGCGGAGCUCAACACCACCCACAAUCCCUUAUACCCGGGCGGCUGCAGCUACCAUGCGAAGACCUUGGUGGGGCACUUCAACAGCCAGCUCACGGGCAUUGGCGCGAUGGACCAGGUCCAGGUGUGCAAGCGUCCUGUGUGCGCCGACGCCCACCUCUCCAUGGGCGACGCCAGCAUCGAUGGCGACUUGGCGAACCUGGGCAACUACAGGGGGAGCGAGUCCCUGGCCGCCGAGAUCCGCUACACGAACGUGGGGCAGUUCCUCGGCACCAACCUCGACGUCGUGCUGACCACGCCGACGUGGGCCAUGCCGGCCCGUGAAGACCCCGACGAGCCUCCCUUCUACAAGUACGUGUUCGGCCGCCUGCCGGCCGCCCACGGGCUGGAGUACGAGAUCACUUUUGAGUUCCAGGAUCACAUCACCCACGAGCCCGUCGUGCUCAGCGAGUUCGACGUCACGUUCUUCGACCUCGACGGCGACGACUACGGCAUGGAGACGCUGAAGACUUCUGGCUACACGGAGAUGGGCCGGUGGAUCUUUCAGUUCCAGAACUCCGAGGUCCAGCUCACAGAGAUGAGGGACGGCAGCCUACUGGCCGAGGGCACGGUGAAGAACGCGGGCGACGGGACGCCGGUAGCAGACGACUCGCUGACAGAGAAGCAGGCGCAGAAGAGCAUCGCCUUCCGUUACAAGGACACGUCUUCGUUCAAGAUCACGAUGGGCAUGACUGGGGGCACGGGCGCAGCCUCCGAGUGGUGCCGCUACUUCAUCUGGACCUUCGAGUCAGCGAUGGUCACGCGCCCGCCCUGUGCGGAGUACACCCCGCCGCCUGCGCCGCUGGUGCCGGUGCCAGCUGGCUACUCGUCCACGUUUGGCAGCGCCCCGCUGAGGGUGGUGUGCGACGAGGGCACCUUCGUCGGCGGAGAAGUCGGCGGCGCGACCUACUACACGAUGUCUUGUGGCUCCGACGGCAAUUUUUUCGCGUCAUCCCAGCAGGUCUGCGAGGAGAUACUCUACUCGGUGGCCGGCCAGGGCACCGACGCCCAGGACGAGGACGUCAAGCUCGCCGGCGCGGUCCUCAAGUGGUCGCGCGAUGGGGCCGUUGUAGCCACGACGACGGUGGACCAGUCUGGGGAGUAUUCUGCCCUGCUGGGGCCGGGCACCUACACCGUGGUCGCGGAGCUCGACGGGUACAUCACGAUGACGAAAGAGGUCGCCGUCUUGGGCGAGAUCUCCGUGGGCAGCAUCGGUGAUUUUGCACUGUCCAAGAUAUUGGCUCUCGGCGAGUGGCGGGUGGUGCUGGAGUGGGGCGAUCGGCCUUCCGACCUGGACUCGUGGACCUACUUCGGCACAGAUCACUCGAAGAAUGUGAAGUGGUACGGAAAGUCUGCCAGUGACCCUGUGUCUGGCAUCGAAGUCACGCUGGAUCGUGACGAUGUCACUGCCAUCGGCCCCGAGACCACCACGAUCAAGAACGCGGACAAGUGCGUGGGAGAGGACGCGUGUCUGAUUUGGUUCGAGGUCAACAACUACGCAUACUGGGAUUCCACGACAAUGGACCAGGCCCAGGGCGUCGUCACGGUGUACCAUGGUGACAACACGGCGGCUGUAUACAAGAUCCCGGAGUGCAUUGGAUCAGCCACUCUAUGGUACACCGCCCUCACCAUCGACAUCCGUCAGGGACACAGCGAGGUGUACGAAGGCUUCCGGCAGACACCCCCGUCGCUCGUGGCAUCAACCUCGACAUGGGCCACCAACAACGGGUUGCCCGGGAACUCGGUGUACUAUGCCUCCGAGAACUCUUGGCUCAAGUUGGAUUCUUCCCGCGUCCUCUUCGCUGCAAGGACCAACGAUGGGUCGCACAGACGGCGCUACGUUUCAAGGGCCGUCUACCACGAGAUUUCCAACGGCCAGGAUUGUGAUGGCUGCUGCCAAGAGGUCCCCAUCGACCUCAGCUUGGAGGGCUCUUGGGGGACAUGCCCGAGCGGGUUCUACAUGAGCGGGCUGUACAGGCAGGAGCGGGGUAGGCCCGACAUGUAUGUGGCCUUGUAUUGCUGCAGGCAGAAGCAGAUGCCAGAAGCUCACGGCUCGUGCGUCGAGACGGAGUGGGUCAUUAGCAACAGCCAGAGCAUGGUGACCUGUCCCACGCUGGAGAGUGGCGAGCUCACGGCCAUGGUCGGCUGGUACCGCGGCACCUCCGAGGACGUACUGGAGUCCAUCACGAAGGUCAGGUGCUGCGCCUUCCCGGAGAUGCCGCUCGAGCUGGCCGCCGACAUGCCCGGCACCUGCGAGAACCCGGCAACCUGA